AGUUGCAACUACUGCAAUCACUUGACCCGUUUCUGUUUGGUCUUGUAUCAGGCCUCGUUGCCUAGCCAAAUAUAGGUUCGCCGUGUAAGGGGAGAAGGAUCGUGUGCUGUGUCGUCCUACAAUCCACAAUGCCUCCGUCAACGUGGAAUACGGCUAAGGCGAAGGUGCAACUUCGACUCUCCGUUCAACGGCUUCGCAUAGCGCAGCAGAAGAAUGAGGCACACGCUAAAGGCUCUCGCAGGGACAUAGCCCUUCUCCUGGAGAAGGGCAAAACGGAGAGCGCACGAGUCAAAGUAGAAGCUGUCAUCAACGAAGAUGUGAACCUUGAGUUAUACGAGCUUCUUGAACUUUACUGCGAGUUGCUCAUCGCCCGCUUCGGCCUUCUUGACCAAAAUACUCGAGACCCUGAUCCCGGAAUCAGCGAAGGUGUAUGUAGCAUCAUACACGCAGCUCCGAGAACGGAAGUGAAAGAAUUACUGAUCCUGCGCGACAUGCUGAUGCACAAGUAUGGGCGCGACUUCUCCGUAGCUGCGAUGGAAAAUCGAAGUGGCUGUGUGAGUGAACGUAUAAUGAGGAAACUCGUCAUAGAAACACCCUCGGAAGAGUUGGUUGACGGGUAUCUCGGCGAGAUCGCCAAAGCGUACAGUGUCAAGUGGGCUUCUCCUUCAUCAAUCACUGCUGCGGCACAAGGGAGCAACCCGAAGGAUGGCGCAACAGGCAGCGACACACUGGAGUCGCUUCCGUUGUACUCCCAGGAAAUUUCUAAUAAGUUGCCGGAUAUUCUUCUGACUGAAGACGAAACCGAGAAACCGGAGGUAUCAGCCGGAGGAAAAUCCAACCAAACGGAGUUCUCGAAAGAGGAAGCUGAGGAUGAGUUCGCCGUUCUGGCACGACGCUUUGAGGAAUUAAAGAAGCGUUGACUAGGUGUAGUGUACACUCCUCUGAUGCGGCUUAUCUGCUUUUGUGUAUAUCCGAACCCUCAGUGAUUCUCCG